CUUACCUUUCAUCUGGAAGUUAUUUUGUCACAUUGACUUCUGUUAUCAAUCUCUUCUUCUAGAAUUCUGUUAUGUAAUGAUAAGUAAUUCUGUUAUUUAAUGAUAAGUGACCAUAAUUUCUUUGUCAUCCACAUAUAAUAUUAUGAUUGUUUGCUAUUUACACGGUUCAUGGCUGUUUUAAAAUUGACCAUCGCAUAUAGUAAGCGCCGUGCUGCUCGGGAAGCGUAUAGUCAUUUAAAAACAAAAACUCACUCUUUAGGCUAUGCAUCGAGUCACUCAGAAAAUUUAAAUCUCAUUUUUUGUGUGCUCGACUACUUUACCGGGUAUUAUAUUUUUGCUUACACGGGUAUCAUGUGGAACAGCGGUAUAUAUUUUAAUCAACACAGGAUUAAAAAGAUAAUAAACAUACUUGAUUUUUUGCUUGAUUUAUUCUUCUCUAAAUCCAUUUUCUCCUCUUUUUUGCUUUGUAAUAUAUAUUUUUGUCAUCUUGAUCACUGAAUACCAUUGCUCUUAAUUGAGAAAUUUUAUUUUUGCUUUGAUAUAGAUCAUGUUGUUCACAUCUCCAAAGAUAUAUAAGAUUGUAUAAGAUUUGGUGAAACUAUGGCUUCUCCAAUGGGUAAUUAUAUUUAAUGUAUAUAUAUCGUCAUGUUUCAAGCGUCGUUUUCCAAGUGUUUGGUUAAAGGCCGAGUAGAAUUUUUGACUGUUUUUUUUAAAUCUUUUUUUUCUUUCUAUUGCAGUGAUAUUAAAUGUGUAGUGACAUUUUAAGUGUUAGGAAUUUAAAAUAUAUGGGGCUUUGCCAAUUUUUGAAUGGCUUACAUAUUUGGUAUUUUAAUGUCAAGCUUGAGCCAUCCUCACGGCGGGAUAUGUCCAUAAAUAAACAAAAUAGCCCGGACUAUGUUCUUUUGUGAUUUAAAAUAUAUAUCUUAUCUACAACGCAAAACUUGUGCUCUUUGGGAUGGCCAUGGUCCAUUAGGGAAUAUUACUUACAACGGACACGGUUUAAAAGAGUUUGUUCCAUAGAGGACAUCUGCCUAUGUUAGUCGACAAGAUUGACAUGUGCCAGAGAUGACAAUGAGAGAAACACUUGAUUUCUCAGCAGUUGUCAGGGUGUUGCAUGUAAAUAUGAUAUGCUUGAGGAGCUUGCAAGAAGAGAGAAGAGGGCUGGAAUCAAACCUGAUGAAGAUCUUGAUAUAUUUAUGAAGGCAUCAGCAUUAGGAGAACAUGAGACGAGUCUAAUUGUGGAGUAUAUAUUAAAGGGGCCUGGCUGGAAGGUGAAAUUGCUAUGUCUUUAUUAUGAAAUUGCUGGUUUAUGUUUGGAGAUUGAAUGAGAGGGAACUGGGAAGGUGUGCUCUUAUUCUGAGAUGUCAGUAAAUAGUUUGUUGGUUGUUUAACUCAAACUAUCUCCAAAUACACUAUCAACACCAAAUGCAAUUCUCUCAGCCAUUGGGAUCACAACAAUUUCAGAGUAGACAGCUACCUUCUGGAUCUAUUCAACAUGGCCUCGGGCAAAGCCAACUUAACCAAGGAAAUCAGUUGAGUCGUCAUUUGAAUCAAUUCUCUAGCCCUGCCAACAGUGCUUUAUUCAAUGCUGCUCAGUCUACUCCAAAUACUCAGAUGGUCAGUUUAGCGUUGUUUGAUGAGCAUUCCACAAGUUACUUUGAGUUCCGGGAAUGUGAAAAGCAUGCCUGUUUUGGGUCUGGGGACAGCAGCUGUUCCAUUUCCAGGACCAGAGAUUGUUGUAAAAGUAGUGCUUGAAGCGAUUGAGCUUGGUUACAGAUGUGUCGCAAAAUGUACACAGGUACAACUGCCUUUUUCAAGGUUGCUUCAGUGGACUUCUGCAGACAGAGACGUUGAGAGUACUAUUCUAGAUGAGCCAAUUCGCAGAGCAAAUAUUCGAGCAGGUGUUCCUGGAGCUGGACUUAACCCGAGAUCAGAUAAUAUAAGUGGGUCUGAUAUUACUAAAGUGGGGAAUAUGGUACAAAGUCCACUAGCAGGUCAAUUCUGUAGAGGCAGCACACAACCAUUCCAGCCUUCACCAUCUGCCCGUCGGUUAUCCGAGGUGGAUUUAUCAGGUACAUAUCAUGCUGAAUUCGUGAUAAAGUACAAGCAGGAGUUUGAGCGUGAUCUUGAUCCACAGACCUACCAGGUUUUCUACAGAAACAAAAGGCUAGCCAGUGAGGUUGUUCAGAAGACCUGCCCAUACAAUUUUUGAACUUCCCAUUAAAGAUUAAAGAGCAUGACAGCAUGUGAAAGUGGCAUCAAGGUCUUCGUCUGUUAAUGCAUUUUUUAAUAAUACUUUUGCGCCAUUUCAACUGCUGAAAUUUUGUGAAAAUCAGGUCCUGCCAUCAAGGUCCAUUGCCAUCUGUUUUGAAGUUGCAACUUUUCCUAAUUCGAAAUCCGAGCUCGAGGAGGAGAUUCUGCCUCUAGAGCAGAUGAAAAUGGAACCUAUUACAAGUAGUUAAAUGGAAUCCGAAUAUCUAUAUCAGGUCAAAUACAAUCAGGAGCAUUUAUAUGAUACUAUAGGAGCAUUUUUAUAAAGAACAAUAUGUUUAACAUCAUAA